AUGUCGGCCUGCGCCUUCCGGUACAACGGGCUCUCCUUCGUCUACCUCAUCUACCUCCUGCUCAUCCCCCUGUUCUCGGAACCGACUAAAGCCACCAUGCAAGGACACACAGGACGGUUGUUAAAGUCUCUGUGCUUCACCAGUCUCUCCUUCCUGUUGCUGCACAUCAUUUUUCACAUCACGUUGGCGAGUCUGGAGGCACAGCACCGCAUCGCACCUGGUUACAACUGCUCAACCUGGGAGAAGACUUUCCGACAGAUCGGCUUCGAAAGCUUAAAGGGAGCCGACGCUGGCAAUGGGAUCCGAGUGUUUGUGCCUGACGUAGGCAUGUUCAUCGCCAGCCUGACCAUCUGGCUGGUCUGUAGGAACAUUGUUCAGAAGCCAGUGGCCGAAGAGGCCGCGCAGUGUAACCCGGAGUUUGAGAACGAAGAGUCGGCUGGAGGAGAAAAAAUAGACUCCGAAGAGGCCCUGAUCUAUGAAGAGGACUUAGAUGAAGGAGACGGUGCUGAAGGCGACUUGGAGGAAAGCACGAAAUUAAAACUCUUCCGCAGGCUGGCCUCCGUGGCCUCCAAGCUGAAGGAGUUUAUUGGCAACAUGAUAACCACUGCAGGGAAGGUGGUUGUGACGAUUUUACUGGGUUCAUCAGGGAUGAUGCUGCCCUCUCUGACCUCGUCCGUGUACUUCUUCGUGUUCCUGGGCCUGUGCACCUGGUGGUCCUGGUGCCGGACCUUCGACCCCUUGCUGUUCAGCUGUCUCUGCGUCCUGCUGGCCAUCUUCACUGCGGGACACCUGAUCGGGCUCUAUCUGUACCAGUUCCAGUUCUUCCAGGAAGCCGUUCCCCCCAACGACUACUACGCCAGAUCCUGCAGUUUGAAAAUGAACAAGAAUUGUGGGAAGGAAUGGGAGAGAUUCAGGCCAUUCCCUGUGGAGGCAGCAUUCUCUAUUAAAUAAAUACACAACAACUUGUCCCAUGUCGGCCUUUCCAUGUCCUGUUUCAACAAAUCACAAUAAGAAAAUGAGCUUUGUUUAGUGAAGGAAAAACAUGUUUAUUCCGGUGUUAAAACAGUAUAUGAAAGAAAAGCCAAAGCCUCAAACUUCAGCAA